AUGGAUACGACAAACAAUGUCGAUAAAAUAUCAAAUAAAUUAACAUUAGGCAACGGAGACAUUUGUUCAGAAUUAGAAGAAAGUAGUAACUAUUUUUUGGCAGCUAACGAAUUUUCUGAUGUUAAAAUAGCAUUUAAAAAUGAAAAUGAUUUACUAUUAUUUGCUAAUAAAGCUAUUUUAUCAGAAGCAUCACCCAUUAUCAAAGCAUUUUUAACUAUUGAACCCGAUGGCGUAUUUGUCAUCGAUGAAGAUGAUGAACAGCCAAUUGUGACAUCAAUGGAUGUUAUCGAUUUACUCAAAUUUAUCUAUCCACAAUUCACCGUUAAAAUUGCUGCUUACAAUAUAACGGGUUUAAUCCAUCUAUCUGAAAGAUUUCUUAUUGGGACCUUACGUAGUGAAUGCAAAAAAUAUGUUAGAAAUUAUUUAAAAGAUUUGGAAAUGAUCACGUUUGAUAAUACCAAAGAAUUUGUUCCGAGACAUAUUUUGUACAAAAAUGGAACACGACAACAUAUAUCAACUGAGAUUAGCACAUUAUGUUCCUGGUUUCAUGAAUAUUUUGGCCGCGACGAAAUUUUGUCACAACAAUUACUAAAUGUUUUAAAAUAUGCAUCGAUCGAUGAUCUUGAACAGAAUGCUGUAUUUCAAUGUAUAGACGAACGUGAAAAAGCAACUGUUUAUAAAACUAUUGGUGACUAUCUUGAACAACAAUAUGGUCGUUCAGAAAAAUUAAAACAUACUAAUCAUCAACUUCAACAUGGAAUGAAUACGUAUUUGGUAGUUUGUAUUCGAAUGGAAGAAGACAAUGAUUUUCUAAAUAGUUCAUUUGAUUAUCAUGAUUUUUUUGUUGAAACUACUCCAAGCUAUUCUAUAACAGACUCGACGAAUGGCAAUUUUCACAUAUCGAAUAAAAAUGGUGAUAACAAACGACGAAAUAAUUCCGCAACAAUGAUGAUGUCUACUUCUACAGAUGAAUUUUAUUCAGGCGAAAAUCAUUUUUUCACAACACCAUUCAAUCAAACAUUUAAUUUCAAUGGCUCUAAUUUGCCCAAUCAACCAAUUUACAGUAUUCAACAACUUAGUCUUCAAUCUUUAAAUAAAGCACCACAAACAACUCAAGCGAGUCCCUCGCCGCCUCCACCGCCUCGUGUCUAUAAACCAUGCGUUGUUUGUGGAGACAAAUCAUCGGGGUAUCAUUAUGGAGUGUCUUCUUGUGAAGGCUGUAAAGGAUUUUUUCGUCGAAGUGUUCAGAAAAAUAUGCAAUAUCAAUGUCACAAAGAUCAAAAUUGUGAAAUAAAUAAACUGACAAGAAAUCGAUGCCAGUAUUGUAGAUUUCAAAAAUGUUUUGCUGUUGGUAUGUCGAAAGAAGAACUUCGAUUAUCAAAUCAAGCGAAAAAACAGCUCGAAAUCGAAAAAGGAGUAACUCGUCCAAUUGAUCGAACAAAAAAACGUUUUAUUAAUAAACGAUCAAUUGAUGAAAUUAGUAUUGAUUGUGUAUCACAAAAUCCAUUAAUUGAAGGUGAUUUGACACCAGAAGAAGAUCAGUUAAUAAAAAUAUGUGUUAAAUUACAUAAAAAUACAUUUAAACCAAGUACAGAAGAUAUUAUGACAUCGGAUCGACGAUGGCAAAAAGGCGAUGAAUUUAGUCAAGCGGGUAUAAUGAAAUGUAUUCAAUUUUGUAUGAAAAUGCCUGGCAAUAAUGAAUUAUCUAUCCGUGAUCGUGCAAAACUAUUAAAAUAUGGUGUACAUGAAAUAGCUCUACUUCGAUUAGCAUAUCGAUAUGAACCAGAAGAAGAUAAAUUAUAUUUAUCAAAUGGUGCCUGUGUUGACGAAGAAACAUUGAGACAACAAGGAUUCGGUUGUUAUGGGCAUACAUUUCUUCAAUUUUGUCGAAUAUUCAGUAAAUUAGAAUUAACAAUUGAAGAAUUUUCAUUGUUAUGUUGUAUUGUCUUUUUUAGUUAUGAUCGUCCAAUUGUUGAAUGUCGAACAAAAAUUGAAGAAUUACAAACAAAAUAUUGUGAAAUGGAACGUUUAUUUAUUGCUCGUAAUCGACAGGGUGAUUCAAUGUAUUUUGCAAAAUUAUUACUUAUAUUAUCAAAAUUACGCGCAGUUGAUGCAUUAAUUGCUGAACGAAUGUUAUGUUUACAAAUAAAUACUGAUGGAAAAGUGGACAAAUGUAUUCUAGAAGUAUUACAUCGUGAACAUUCAAAUAUUGUUGUGGAUUUAGAGAUUGAUUUUCUUGAUUCGUGUGAUAAAAAGAUAAAUUAUGAUUGGUUAGAUUAUAAUAAUUCUCUUGAACAUGAAACACCAGCAAUAAAUGACAAUGUUAACGGAAAUGAUGUUACCAGUCCAUCUUCAACAACUAUAAUAAAUCAAGAAUAA